CACGAGGAGGUCUCGCGAUACGUUGCGUGAUUUGGAAGCAUUGCGGAAGAGGAGGAGGCUAACAAACGAAGCAAGCUCAUCCGUCUGACUGAGGAGUGUCAUCUUUUUAACGCUUUGAACCAUCACCCGGAAAGUCAGGAGCAAAGAUGACCGCAGCGCCUUACAACUACUCCUACAUCUUCAAGUACAUCAUCAUCGGUGACAUGGGCGUGGGCAAGUCAUGUCUGCUGCACCAGUUCACUGAGAAGAAGUUCAUGGCUGACUGCCCUCACACCAUUGGUGUGGAGUUUGGCACCAGAAUCAUGGAAGUCCACGGCCAGAAGGUGAAGUUGCAGAUCUGGGACACAGCGGGUCAGGAGCGCUUCAGGGCUGUCACCCGCUCCUACUACAGGGGCGCCGCCGGGGCCCUGAUGGUCUAUGACAUCACCAGGAGAAGCACCUACAAUCAUCUCAGCAGCUGGUUGACGGACGCCAGGAAUCUGACCAACCCAAACACGGUGAUCAUCCUGAUCGGCAACAAAGGUGACCUAGAGGCGCAAAGAGAUGUCACGUACGAGGAAGCCAAACAGUUUGCCGACGAGAACGGUUUGCUCUUCUUGGAAGCCAGUGCCAAGACCGGUGAGAACGUGGAGGAGGCCUUCCUGGAGGCAGCCAAGCGGAUCUACCAGAACAUCCAAGACGGUAGCUUGGACCUGAACGCCGCCGAGUCGGGAGUGCAGCACAAACCGUCUGCACCCCAGGGGGGGAGACUCAAUGCGGACAGCCAGCCCCCCAAAGAAGGAUGCAGCUGCUAACCCACCAAAGGACGGACUUACAAAGUGCUUGUUUUUGAUUUGCUAGCUCUCCUGGUCGGGAGUCUCUGAACUCACUUGAAUCCCUGAUGUCUCAUUCUGGACCCCCCCAGGGGGAAGUACAUUCAAACACAGGUCUGCCCCACUCUCUUCAUCCCAGAAUUCCCCCCAAAACAAAUAAAUAUUCUUCCUCCAUGUGGACGUGAAGUUGGAUCCAUCACAUUCGAGGAGGCCUUCAGCCUGAUUUUUUGGGGAGCCUCAGAAACCACCAGAGAUCCCCUUUGUUCUCUACGUCCACACAUGGUUUCGUCCAAAUGGCUGUUGUCUUUCAUCAGGGACAUUUCCUCUGAACUGGAAGAGCGAUCUUGAAGUCCAAUUUUCACCUCGAUCCUCAUUUCCAUACAUCGUCACAAAUAUUUGGAAUGAUCACAGAAAGUGCGAAGUGUCCUGACAGUCAAGAGGAAAAGUUUCUUCCUGGACUGGAAGAUCUUAUACAUGUUUCAACACCAUUAUCAUUCCCAAACCCCAAAUAUGGGCUAAGUAGGACCUAAACCAGGUCUCCUUCAGUCCAAGUCAGAAAAAAAUGAACAGUGCACCAGGAAAAAUUCCUCUGGAUUUCUGGACUAGAAGGAACAUAACAUUAAACUCUCAUUUCCAAACCACAAAUGUGGACUGACUAGGUCCUAAAUCAGGUUUCAUUUGGUCUGUGCCAUUAAAAAAAAAAACAGAGUAAAAGUAGACUGGGACAGGCGUGUAGACAGUCCAGCAGUGUGUAAUGUGAGAUCUGACCCACGUUUCAAGUCCAAAGCCCACCCAGAGUCUCAUUAUCAUACCAGAUGUGGACUAAGGUCCUUAACUUUGUCUCCAGAAUAACCCUAAAUACCAAGACCAUGAUUUGAAGGCUCAGUGAUUCUGUUUCGUCCAAGUAGUGCUUUAACCCAUUUUUCUUUGGUUCCACGGCAACCUCCUUAAAAGUAAACUGGGGUCUGGGGAAGGACUAAAGGUAUUUGAAGGAACAAACAGACUUUUAAACGUAAUUCACUUUUUAUACGUUUUUCUUUAUUGUCCUUCAACUGAAUCUUUACUGGCGACCAAAAAUGUGCAAGCUCACGUUCACUUUCCUUCCUGAUGUAGCAUUCCGGGUGCAUUCCAGCUAGCUAGCUUCUUUCAUGAGCCUCCACGUAGACUGUUAAACUAGCACAGGGUGCAGCGCUGGCCUUGGGCCUCCAGGGGGUGCUAAUGCGCAGCCUAUAUGUCCUGAUGAGUUAACACUAAAAGUACAGUAUUUGUAGUAGUUUGCGUUUACACUUUUUGCUGCUUUCUGAUUGGCCGACAGCAAAUGUGCAUUCGGACUGCGUCUUUGCUUGUCAUCUCAACAUAUGUUAGCAAAUCAUUUUUACAAACACAUUCUGGAAGACAAGACUUUCCAAAUGAGUUGAAUCCACUCUAAAUGUGCUCUAAUCUACUUUUGUCCAGUUUAAUGCUGUCUAAAGCAACUUUUAAUUCACUUUGAACCGAUUUGAAUCCAGUUGAAAUUGUUUAAUCCAGUGUCAUUCUACUUGAUCCUAAAUCUGCUUUAUUUCAAUUGAAAGUGGUUUCGUGUCUAUUUGAAUCAAGUCUAAAUUCAAUCGAGAUUGACUUUUAACUCUCGUCCACAUCCAAUUUAGUCUAGUUCAAUCCAAUCCAAUUGUACUUUAAUUCAAUAUGAUCCAUUUGAACUAUUUUUUUCUUCUUUAAUCCACUCUAAAGCUACAUUUAUCCAAUCUAAAUCCACUUUAGUCCAGUUUAAUUUAUACUGGUUUCAUGCAGUUGAAAUCCAGUUUUAUCCUCUGUAUCUGACAUUCCAUUCAUUAGUUUGAUUAAUUUAGUCUGAAUAAAUUUAAUCCAUCCUUGUGUGCAUCAAAUUUAACCCAGUCGAAAUGAGUUUAAUCUGAAAAUACUUUUAUCCACAUUUGUCAGAGCAAUUUAAUCCCAUCAAAAUCUAUAAUCCAGUAAAAAUAAACAUUAAAAAUGCUAGUUUCUCCUGCCAUGGGUCGUCGUGUCAAGCAGCAUUACUAGCCUGUGUGUGUAUGGAGAGGGGGGGGGGGGUAGAGGUGUCAUGUCGUAUGCAGAGCUGUGUGGAUAAUUUUCUCUCCGGCUCUGGUCGCACAUGAACAAUUAUGAUGGCGCUUUUUAUUUAUACUUUAUUGUAUGUGUAUGCAUUUCCUUCCAUGUGCCACCAGUACAGGGGUUCACAUUUUUGUACAUAUAAAGUAAAUACAGACUCAAUGUUUGAUCACCUUAUUAUGGGAUGUCACGAUUUAAUGGACAAAAAUAAAAUUUCAUGAACCCA